AUGUCCGUCGCUGUUCGUCGGCUGUCUGCACCAUCUCAGUCUCAGUCUCAGUCUUGGUACUCAAUCAGAGGGAAAAGAACAAGCAUAGGAAUCACCUCUUUCAGAAAACAUCGCCACUCCAAUCAUCCUACUUCACUCACAUCAUCAUCAUCACCGUCAUCGUCAUCAUCCUUGUCGUUGUCAUCAUCAUCAUCGUCGUCGUCGUCGUCGUUUUCGGUGUCUUCUUCGACAAGUUGGUUGUCUAGACUGGUCUCAGCAACACCACAUACUACAGCUACUUCAGCUUCCCCGUUUUAUAAAUACCACACCAAACCUUUACUAUCAUCAUCAUCCCUCCCACUCCUCUCUUCGUCUACUACAACCACCACCACCACCACCACCACCACCACUACCCCUACAUCUAUUAAUCAACCACCAUCAUCACCUCUUACUCGACCAUCAUCACCAUCGUCAUCUCGUAUAUCUCUCCCAUCUUCGUCAUCUUCUCCUAGGUUUGCAGCACGUGGCUUCAGCUCCCUGACGUCCUCCACAGUUGCCACUUCUUCUCCCUCUUUAUUAUCUCGUUAUCGCUUCCGCCGCCAUAAUAACCUCGGUCUUCUCUUUCUCUCUCUUCUCCUACCCACCACCACCACCAUCACAGCCACAGUUUCUGCUGCAAACCUUUCUCCUCCUCUACACCCUCCUUCCGUAUCUACUUCCAUUCAAGUCCUAAGUCAAUUCAGAUCUUUUUCCACAAAUAUAUCUGCUCUCGCUACCGCCUCUGCUCCACCCCCGUCACUCGCCACACCCACUACCGUUAUCGCUACCAUGGCCGACCCUGUCAUCUCGAAAAAAUCCAUGGAACCCCAUCUGAUAACAGAUAACCUGGAAAAGCCCCUCCUGGAUAAUAGGACUUAUCGAGUCAUCCAACUUCCAAACAAAGUCGAGGUUUUGUUAGUACACGAUGACACCACCGAUAAGUCUUCUGCCGCUUUGGACGUCCGGGUGGGGAGUAUGUGCGAUGACGAAGAAUUACCCGGUCAGGCACACGCCGUAGAGCACGUCCUCUUCAUGGGCACUAAAAAGUACCCCGGCGAGAACGACUACAUGUCUUUCCUAGCUAACCACGCCGGUUCCUCCAACGCUUAUACUUCAGCUUUAUCCACCAAUUAUUAUUUCGAAGUCUCCCACAAAUACAUGUACGACGCCCUGGAUAGAUUCUCUCAGUUCUUCAUCUCUCCUCUAUUCGAUCCGAAUGGUCUCGACCGCGAAUUGAAUGCUGUCGACUCCGAGCAUAAGAAGAAUCUCCAGCAGGACAACUAUAGAAGCUACCAAUUAGGAAAAUAUUUGAGCAACCCAAAGCAUCCCUAUAGUAAAUUCACCACUGGAAACCUCGAAACACUCAGAGAUGGUCCUAGAAGCAAAGGUGUUGACGUCCGAGACCGAUUUAUCAAGUUCCACGAAAGAUAUUACUCGGGGAACUUGAUGAAACUAUGCAUUCUAGGGAGGGAAUCCUUGGACGAAAUGGAAAAGUGGGUUGUAGAGCUUUUCUCAGAUAUCAAGAACAAGGACCUCCCAGCUCCAACAUUCCAAGGAGCUCCGCUCUCUGAAAACGAACUUGGGACCCAGUACUACAUGAAACCAGUUAUGGAAACACGCGCCGUAACAUAUACGUUCCCAUACCUUGACGAGAAUCCCUACUAUGAGGCACAACCUUCCCGAUACAUCGGUCAUCUCAUUGGUCAUGAAGGCCCCGGCUCUAUUCUUUCCGUCCUCAAGGAAGCCGGCAUUGCCACUUCGCUCUCGGCUGGCCACAUGCGGAUCUGUAACGACACGGGUAUGUACGUCGUCAACAUACGCCUAACCGUCAACGGAUUGAAGAAAAUCCCCGAAAUUACCAGCCUGCUCUUUAGUUACAUCCAUAUCCUCAACACCACCCCGCCACAAGAAUGGGUCGUCAAGGAGCUCCAAUCCAUGGCUGAAGUCGAGUUUAGGUAUAAGCAGAAGAGCACUAAUGCUGCAAACUUCGUCAGCGAAAUGGCCAGUACCAUGCAGAAUACCAUGCCGCGCGAGUACCUCCUUUCCGAGCACAAGAUUCGCAAGUUCGACGCGGACUUGAUCAAGAAGGGAUUGUCCUACCUUAAACCCGAGAACUUUAGAUUGGCGAUUACUACUCCAGAAUUACCGGAUGGUAUCAAAUGGGAAAGUAAGGAGCGCUGGUACGGAGUCGAUUAUACGCUUCAAAAAAUUCCAAAGGAUGUUUUGGAUGUUGCCAUCAAGGCAUACAAGGGAGAAGCAACACCCUCGAUCGGUUCUCCCGGAAACAGUCUUCACCUCCCACACCCCAAUCCCUUCAUCCCUACCAAUUUUGACGUCGUUCGAAAAGAAGUCGAAACGCCUUCAAAGGUCCCUACUCUUCUCAGGAACACACCGGAGUCAAGGAUUUGGUUCAAGAAGGAUGAUACAUUCUGGGCACCCAAGGCAAACAUCUACUUCACCCUUCGCACCCCCAAGACAUACUCGACCCCUAGAGACUAUGCGCUUGCUCGCUUUUUCUGCGAACUUGUCAAAGACUCUUUACACGAAUACUAUUACGAUGCCGAGCUGGCAGGGCUCGAGUACAGCCUCUCGCCUAAUAUGCUAGGGUUUGAUCUGGAAAUUGGUGGUUACAAUGAUAAGAUGACUGUCCUUCUUACCAAGGUUCUGGAUGCUAUGAGGGAUCUGAAAGUAAAGGAAGGAAGAUUCGAGGUUAUCAAGGAGAGGCUUGUUCGCGCUUAUAGGAACUGGGAGUUAGGAACUCCAUACCAAAUGGUCCCCGAGUUUACUAGGCACCUAUUGGCAGAGAAGAAGUGGUUGAACGAGGAAGUAUUGGCGGAGUUGGAUGGGCUCGGCGGAGUUGAGGAGGUCCUUGCCUGGUGGAAGAGUGUCAAAGCUCUCAGUGUCGAGGGUUUGAUUCAUGGAAACCUUUACAAAGAGGAUGCGCUGAAAAUGACGGACUUGAUCACUAACAUCUUGAAGCCACAGCCCUUGCCGGCUUCGCAGUGGUUCGUCCGCCGAUGUGUGCUCUUCCAGCCAGGGACAGAGUUAAUCUUCGAGAGAGAUCUCAGAGACCCCAACAAUGUCAACAAUGCGGUUGAAUACAUGCUCCACCUAGGUACUAUUGAGGAUCGGCAGAUGAAGGCCCGCCUAUUGUUGUGGGCCCAGAUGUCGCAGGAGCGAGCAUUCGACACUCUCCGCACUAAAGAGCAGCUGGGUUACGUUGUUUUCUCAGGAAGCCUAAUGCAGGCCACAACCAUGGGAUACCGCGUUCUCAUCCAAUCGGAACGAUCAUGUGCUUACCUUGAGGAACGCAUCGAGGCCUUCCUUAACCAAGAUUGGGAACUGGAAGAAGAAGCAUUCGAAAAGCACAAGCAGUCCGUUCUCAACAGACUGCUAGAGAGCUUGAAGAACCUUAACCAGGAAUCCAACCGACUUUGGUGGCACGUUGCUAGCGAAGCUUACGACUUCUUGCAAGUUGAUGAGGACGUUAAAGUCGUUAGCAGACUGACACGAUCUGACAUGAAGCAGUUUUAUGAAACUUAUGUCAAGCCAGGAAGCGAAACAAGGAUGAAGUUGAGCGUCCACCUAAAGAGCAUCGCUAAGAAAGGUGGUGAAGAUGAGGGCAAGAGAAUUGGCGGGAAAAACGUUUACAUUGAAAACGUCAGCGAAUGGAAGAGUGGCAUGGUUCUCUCUCGGGGCCCACGACCCGUCAGAGCCUUGGAAGAGAUGGAGGUUCUAGGAGUGAAGCUAUGA